AUGAAUUCAGAAUCACCAGACAAACUCGAAACCUCGGCGGAGAGCACGCCUCGUAUGAACCAGUCGUCUCAAGCUGCAAUAGAAGAGGCCGAGCCACAGCCUUACUCGUUGGACUCUGAUACAAUCGAGCGUCUGGGACGAGAGCGGCCAGCCUGUUUCUCCAAUGCAUGGUCCGAGUUGGCUUUCUGCUUCUCCAUCUUUAUGUGCCAGAUCCUGGCUGAAUAUUAUAUCUCUGGCUCAAAUGUCCUGCUCCCGACCCUGAUGGAAGAGCUAGACAUUCCUCCGGCUCUAUCUAUAUGGCCAUCAACCGCCUUGUCUCUAGUUGUCACCUCUACGCUGCUGAUUUUCGGCCGGCUAUCCGACAUGUACGGCGGGUUUAUACUCUAUGUCGGUGGAAUGACGUGGCUUAUGAUCUCCUCCAUCAUUGCCGGCUUCUCACAAUCCUGGAUUAUGCUGUUUAUUCUCCGUGCCUUGCAGGGGCUCGCCCUCGCAUCCUACCUCCCAUCUAGUAUCAUGAUCCUUGGCAAGAUAUACCGACCUGGGCCUCGGAAAAAUCUAGUAUUCAGCAUCUAUGGUGCUUGUGCUGCUCUGGGCUUCUUCGUGGGCAUCUUCUUCUCGGGUCUGUCCGGGAGCUUCCUCAGCUGGCGGUGGUAUUUCUUUAUCGGGGCUAUCCUAUCCGCCAUCACGGCGGUCUCGUCUUACUUCUCGAUCCCGUCCGACUUUGCCGAGACAAAAGCGACGUCGAAAGCGCGAAUGGACUGGCUUGGAUGCGCUUUGCUCAUACCAGGCACCGUCCUGUUUGUCUUUGCCAUCGCUGACAGUGCUCAUGCGCCCAGGGAGUGGAGGACACCGUACAUCUACGUGUGCUUUAUCGUGGGCGUCCUCUUCCUGGCGGCGUUCACCUACGUCGAGGGCUGGGUUGUGUCGAACCCACUGCUCCCACUGGAUCUGUUCUCCGUCAAUUGUUCUAUCGCAUUGCACUCGUUAUGGCACCAACUGACUUUACAAGUAUGGAACGAAUCAUGGGCGCAACACCCCUCCAAGUCGUCGCAUGGACUACCCCAAUGGCCGUCGGCGGGCCUCAUCAUCUCCGCCACGGGAGGCUUCAUCCUGCACGUUUUGAACGGCACAGUCCUCAUGAUCAUCUCCUGUUUGGGAUAUCUGCUCUCGGGGCUGCUCUUCGCAUUGCUCCCCCAGGGCGGCAAUUACUGGGCGUAUGUGUUUCCCGCCAUGAUCGGCGGCACGAUCGGAAUCGAUGUCAGCUUCAACGUCACGAAUAUCUUCAUCACAACCAACAUGCCCAAGGACCGGCAGGGCCUGGCUGGUGCCCUAAUCAACUGCACCCUGCAUAUGGGUAUUGCAGUGAUGCUCGCGUUUGCGGAUAUCAUCCAGGUCGGGACGGAGGACAGGGGACUAAAGACGAGCUACCAUAUGGCGUUUUGGUUUCAGGUUGCCUUGGCCGGGUUUUCGUUGCUUCUGGUGAUUGCCAUGGUUCGAAUUGACCGGGCAAAGAGCGAGUUGACGGUUGACGAGCGCCGCGAGUUGGAGAAUAGCCAGUGA